AUGGCUGCCGCCGGUCUGGGAGGAGAGCUUUUGACACUGCCGACGGUACCCAAGUCACCGUCACUUGCGCCACGUCCAGCCGCUCCCAUGCGAGGGAGGCCUAAGAAGUGUCUGGUCUAUCCGCAUCCCCCGAAGAGCUCCCGCGUGUCUCCGUCGGUUCUGCGCUGGCUCCAGGGCCUGGAUCUCAGCUUCUUCCCCAGAAACAUCAGCAGGGAUUUUUCAAAUGGCUUCCUGAUAGCAGAAAUAUUCACUGUACACUACCCACGGGACCUUAAAUUGUCAUCCUUUAAAAAUGGAACUUCUUUAAAAGUCAAGUUGGAUAACUGGGCACAGUUGGAAAAGUUCCUGGCGAGAAAAAAACUUAGAUUACCUAAAGAACUAAUCCACGGAACAAUUCAUUGUAAAGCCGGAGUACCUGAAAUACUGAUACAGGAGGUGUACACCUUGUUAACACAUCGAGAAAUUAAAAGUAUCCAGGAUGACCUUGUGAAUUUCACAGACUACAGUUACCAGAUGCAGUUGCCCCUGGUCCCCAGAUCGACAGCUUCAAAGUCUAUUAAAGAUAACAUUAGGUUAUCAGAAUUAAUAGGCAAUCCAAACAAGCUCAACAAUGAACGUAAAGUAGAGUUCCUCUUCCUUUUACAAAUGUUGCAAAGAAAAUUGAGCAGAAAACUGAAUCCAAAAUGGUUUGAGGUCAAACCAACAGUGGGAGAAUCGACUUUCAGUCAUGGUCCUGCCCAAGCCUCUGGGUGCAAAUGUAAUUCAGUCAUUUCGAAGGAAAGAGUUGCUCCUGUGUGUUGUAAUGGUGGCAAUCUACUUAAAGAAACUCACGUGAAGCAAGCUGGAAAACAUUCUUUUGACUCUAUGAAACCUAUCAGAAACAUGGAAAAGGAACCCAGAAGAGCACCUGUCUAAUGGGCUUUGAAGAAGCGAUGCCACCACCUCUUGCAACUCUAAAGGGAUACAAUCACCUAGUCUUGGAUAUAUUUCAAUAAUAAGUAAAUUAAAGGGGUGUCUUAUCUAUAGUUGGGCUGAAGAAGGUAUUUUUUAAUUCAAUUCAACAACCAUUUAUUCAACACCUGCACCUA